UUGGCCAUUGGCCAUGCCCAUGUCCAUGCCCAUGCCCAUGAGGCAGAUGAUGUCAUGCCAUUGCCUUGGCCAUUGUCCUGGCCGAAGUGAAAGUGUUUUUGUUGCUGUUGCUGUUGCUGCUUAUCCGGCCACGGUUGACACAUGAGAGUCGUGUCAGCCAGUCAUGUGCCAUUAUCCCUCAAGUGAACAGCCUCAUAAUUAACUGCCAAGGUUUCCCGAACGAAGGGAUAACACGUAGGAUAAAAUCGCCACGAAAAUCCAAGUGAAAUAAACUUCGAAAAAUCUAGAGUAGAAAGCGAUUUCAGUGAAAUUAACAAUUUACCAAUAACCAUUCAGGAUUAAGGAUUAUAACGAAGUAAAGGAUAACCCACUGCUGGCAGAGAACCAUUUGGAACUAUGGAUACUUUGUUUGCCGUCUGCUCGCUGCUGCUGCUGCUCCUCUCACAGAAUGCUGCAAUCCUUGGACAGCUGGAAGGCAACACAUCCCCCGCCGCGUCUGCGCCACCGUUGAGACUGCAGCCAUCGACGCCAUCAAUAACGCAUUUUGUAAAUGACUCCUUCAUCAUCUUCUGCCAGACAGUACAAAAGGAUAUCGACACCAAGUGGCGUGAUCCACGCGGCCAGACCCGUGAGAACACCAAGGGCCGAGUGCACAUCGAAAAGAAAACGGGUCUUCUGGCUUUGGUCUUUGAGCACAUCUCGCUGGACGACAGGGGCAACUGGACCUGCGAGGUGACUGGCCACCAGAAUCGGAAUGUGAAUACCGAGCGAGAGUUCUUUUCCUCCUUUGAACUUCUCGUUAAUCAGAAAAUCUCAUUUGGCAAAACGGAACAAGUGCAGUCAGUGCGGGAAGGACGCGAUGCGAUGGUCAAUUGCUUUGUGGAGGGCAUGCCAGCACCGGAAGUCUCUUGGCUCUACAAUGGCGAAUACAUAAACACAGCUGUGAACUCGUCGAAGCACAAUCGCCUGUCGAACGGUCUGUACAUCAGGAAUGUCAGCCAGGCGGAUGCCGGGGAGUAUACGUGUCGUGCCAUGCGUAUAACACCAACUUUUUCGGAUUCCGAUCAAAUAACGAUAUUGCUAAGGAUACAACAUAAGCCCCACUGGUUCUAUAACGAGACGCUGCCCAUGCAGUACGCGUAUGUGGGCGGCGCUGUCAAUCUGAGCUGCGACGCCAUGGGCGAGCCGCCGCCAUCAUUCACCUGGCUGCACAACGGCAAAGGCAUUCUGGGCUUCAAUCAUCGCAUUUUCGUCGCCGACUAUGGGGCCACGUUGCAGCUGAACGUCCGGAAUGACAGUCAGUUUGGGGACUAUAAAUGCAAGGUGGCCAAUCCGCUGGGCAGCCUGGAGCGUGUGAUCAAGCUGAGGCCGGGAGCCAAGCCCAUGGGUCCCACACGCUUCCAGCUGAAACGCCUGUACGCGGAUGCCUUCGAGCUUGACCUGCGCACGCCCCGCAUGACCAAUGUCUCCGAUGAGAUGCAGAUCUUUGGCUACCGGGUGGCGUACAUGAGCGAGAACGAGUUCAAGUUCAGCGCUGGGAAUUGGAGCCAUGCCAAACAGCGCGAUUUCUCCUUCCAUCGAGGCCAGCGUUUCAUUAUUUCACAUCUGGAGGGGAACACAACGUAUCUGAUGCGCGCUGCCUCCCGAAAUCUGGCCGGACUCAGUGACUGGAGUGGCGUGAAGAUCUUUGCCACUGCCGGCGGUCGCAGCUGGUAUCCGUCUCUGUAUCCGCUCUACGCACUCAUCCUUGCUUUGAUUUAUGCAUAGAGCUUGUACCAGUUCCCUGUCCCCAUUUCAAAAUCCCACCCCCCCAAUCCUGUUAUUGUUGCUGCUGAGUUCUCUAUUAUUUUUGUAUCUUCUGUGAUAGAACUUUGUGUGUGCAAUUCACUUAAACCUAAACCUAAAAACCCCAAAAAUCGAGAGAAGUACGAGGAAUUAUUAAAGAAAAUGCUUUUUGUGCUAUAUAAAAAUAAAUAUAGAGAAUAUGUUACGCCUAUUGCCAAUUUUUGCUGCCAACUUUCCAUUCAUCAAACACAUUUUUUGUACGUUUUUAAAAGUGAGAAAAAAUAAACAAACACAGAACCGAUUAUAUUAACGAUAAAACAGAGGGAGGCAGAAAGCGAUGUUUAUGGAGAGGCGAAUCCUUACGAUACAUACAAUACAUAUGCAUUGUCAACUCUACCUUAUAGUUAAAUAUGAAAAUGCCCAACUCUACAUAAAUGUUGUUCAAGCUAAAACUAAACCGACAAAACUAUGUAAACCGAAACAAAACAAAACUACAACUUUGAUGAAUUUUACAAAAACCAACCAAAAGAAUGAAUGUCCAAAUUAUUGAUAAAAAACAAAGAACAUAAAAAACAAAAGCAAAUCAAUAAUAGUAAAUGGAUUCAAAUUAGCUUAAUUGAGAUGGAAA